AUGAGGGGUGGCUUCACGAACAAGGUUUCGAACUCCAUUCCCGGAGGAGCGCCUCGAGGAUUGACGCAACCUAUAUCCAACGGGAAUGGAUCCAUGGAUGCGAAGAGUAUGAACUUGAGCAUGCGAGUCAUGAAACUCAAGCUCAGUGGCAAGAUUGGCCAGCCACGAGCGGUGAGCCCGAGAAAGCAAGUCGGGGAGACAGAGGAGAUGCUUGGCGGGGAGAAGCCGUGGUGGAGGAAUGUGGGCAUGGAGGAGGGCAUGUGA